UAAGAUUACAACAUUCUUUUGAUCAUCAUUAUAAAAUCUUACACCAAAACCAAUUUCUAACCGAAUUUCUAGCGACACCCACUACCUCCUUCUCCCUCUUUCUCUUUCUUUCUUCCUUUCUCUCUCUUCUGACUGACCUCUGCAACUCCAUAGCUGCGUAUUUGGGUUACCCAUUUUCGUUUCCUUUAAUACCCAUUUCUCUCUUCUUCAAGAAAACACCAAGAAAUGGAGGAAUUUCACAAGAAAAUGGCGGAAAUGGAGAUACCCAGAUUGUAUUAUGGCGAAAUUUUCAGUAGAUUGCUCGUAAUUGUGAUCUUCCUUACUUUGUUUGGGUUUAGUAGAGCACAACCUCAAGAGGCUCCUGCUUAUCUUCAAUUUACUGCAAAUGCUACUGAAUUCCCUGUGGAAGACUACUAUGAUUAUAUAAUUGUUGGAGGUGGAACAGCUGGAUGUCCAUUGGCAGCUACCUUGUCACAGAAUUAUAAGAUACUGUUGCUGGAACGAGGAGGAGUGCCAUAUGGGAUUCCAAACUUGAUGACCCAAGAAGGCUUCUUGGCCACCAUUUUGGAGAUUGAUCCAUUUGAUUCUCCUGCACAAGCAUUUACUUCAGAGGAGGGUGUGCCCAAUACUCGUGGUCGGGUUCUUGGUGGAAGCAGUGUUAUAAAUGCUGGGUUUUACAGCAGAGCUGAUCAAGAGUUCUAUGCCAAAUCUGGCCUUACUUGGGAUUUGAGAAUGGUGAAUCAGUCUUAUGAAUGGGUGGAGAAUGCUAUUGUGUUCCGACCUGACUUAAGAAGUUGGCAAUCUUCUGUAAGAGAUAGCCUGUUGGAAGCUGGGGUGAGUCCAUAUAAUGAUUUCAGUUUGGAACAUGUUUUAGGAACAAAAAUUGGUGGAUCCACAUUCGAUAGCUCUGGCCGAAGACAUAGUGCUGCAGACCUCUUGAACUAUGGAACAGCUUCAAAUAUAAAGGUAGCUGUCCAUGCAAAUGUAGAGAGGAUUAUACUUGCCACAUCUUCUCCAGCUGACAGCUCAAAAUUGUCAGCAAUCGGAGUGGUGUACCGUGAUACACGGGGGCAUUACCAUCAUGCAAUGGUGCGUGGUCAGGGAGAGGUUAUUCUUUCAGCUGGAGCCAUUGGGAGUCCUCAGCUUCUUUUACUCAGCGGAGUUGGUUCAAGGCCAUACCUGUCAUCAUGGGGUAUUCCAGUUUCCCAUCACUCGCCUUAUGUGGGCCAAUUUCUCUAUGACAACCCAAGAAAUGGAAUAUCAAUUGUGCCUCCAACACCUUUAGAACAUUCACUUAUUCAAGUUGUGGGCAUCACUGAAUCAGGAGCGUACCUGGAAGCUGCAUCAAAUGUAAUCCCCUUUGCUGCCCUUACCCACCCUGCUUUUGCAUGGUCACCAUCUUCUCCUCUUUAUCUUACUGUGGCCACAAUCAUGGAGAAAAUUUCUGGUCCAGUUUCAUCUGGUUCACUUCGGCUGGCAUCCACUGAUGUUAGGCUCAAUCCAAGCAUCAGGUUUAACUAUUUCAGUGACCCAAAAGACCUGGAUUUGUGCAUAGUUGGCAUGCGUAAGAUAGGGGAUAUUCUAAGAACCAGGUCCAUGGAAGAUUUUAAGUUUACAUGGGCUGGAGGUAGAGACUUCAGAUUUCUAGGACCUGCACUACCCACAGACCAAUCAGAUGACACACUAAUGGGUGAAUUUUGUCGCCGGACUGUGAGCACUAUAUGGCAUUACCAUGGUGGAUGCGUCGUUGGGAAGGUUGUGGACACUGAUCUUCGGGUGAUUGGUGUCAAUGCGCUCAGAAUCAUUGAUGGCUCAAUAUUAACAGUGUCUCCGGGAACUAAUCCUCAAGCCACCCUUUUGAUGCUUGGCAGAUAUAUGGGACUGAAGUUGCUUCAAGAACGAACAAGAUAAAUGUCCGUUGUGGACUUGGGGUAGCCAUAGCCAAUCCAAGCAGUAGUAGAUGCACAUCAUUUGUUCCUUCAAUAUACACUGCAAACUGCUGGUGUAUGAUUCUUUUAUGCUUAUUUUUUUGUUCAUAGUUGGUAGAUGUAUGAGAAAUUGUUUCGUUAGCUGCACCAAUAGUAGAAUACUGAGGCUGUACAUACAUAGGAGUUGUUUCUAUAUAGAGCACCAUUGUGCCCAUGAUUUGGGUCAUCUCAAAGUUUUAUGGGAUACUAUCCAAGUAUCCAUACAUCUAGAUUUUGAUCAUUACAUCUGAAUUACAACCCCAACUUACGAUUGACUUUUCUUCCU